AUGGCGUCAGGAAUAGCGUUAACAGACACAGACAUUCGAGUUGUUGUUGCACUCGAUUUCGGUGUUACUUUUAGUACUUUUGCUUACGCAAAUACACAGAAUCCAGAGAUUGAGACAAAUAAUAAUUGGCCUGGUCGAGACGGCCAAUUGAAGAAUCCUACUGUUUUGCAAUAUGACGAGAAUUUUAAUGUAUUGCAAUGGGGUCAAUUAGCUCUCGUUGAAGAACCCGUAAGAAAAAGUCGGCCUAAUAAAGAGUCACAUCCAGUGGAAUUGUUUAAGUUGCAUUUGUCUUCUUUGAAAGCUGGUGAAAAGCCUUGGCUUCCUGUGGGAUUGAAUCAUGUGAAAGCGAUAACUGAUUAUUUAACAGAAAUGCAAAAGUUGAUUAAGGAAAAAGUGCAAACUCGUUGGCCAUCAUUAGAAUUUCCGCGACAAAUUAAAUUGAUUUUGACUGUACCCGCAGAAUGGAAUGAAAAUACAAGAAAUGUAUUACGAAAUGCAGCAUAUAAUGCUGGAUUAUUGAAUCAUGUCAAAUCAAGAAAUUUAGACAUUACAACAGAACCUGAAGCUGCUGCUAUCCACUGUAUGUCUGUUUUAAAGGAACAUAAUCUAAAACCAGGAGCAAACUUCAUGGUUGUCGAUUGUGGUGGGGGUACAGUUGACAUAACCAUAAGACAACUGCUAGAAAAUAAUAAACUAAGCGAAAUCACUGAACGAUCCGGCGACCUAUGCGGCGCAACAUUUGUCGAUCGCGAAUUCUUAAGAUUCUUAGGAAGAAAACUUGGUUAUGGCGUUAUCGAAAAACUGAAAAAAGACAAUUACAAACAAGUGCAGUAUCUAAUUCAAAGAUUUUUCUGCUCACGUAUCAAAUUUCUUUUCGACGGCGAGCGUGCGUCAUUUCGCACAAUCGAACUUGAUGUCCCAUAUUAUUGUCCAGCUGUGCAAGAUUAUGUUGUGGACAAAGAAAAGAAAGCAAAGAUGGAGGAAGCUGAUUGGCUGAUUGAAAUCACGUUUGAUGAUGUGAAAGAGAUGUUUGAUCCUGUGGUGCAGCGGAUUAUCGGUUUGAUUGAAUGGCAAUUGGAAGAGGCAAAUCGAGAAUGUGAUGCUCUUUUUCUUGUUGGCGGAUUCAGUGAGUCGCUUUAUCUAGUAAAAAAUAUUAAAGAAUUGUUUAAUGAUAAGAUCAAGACGAUCGCUGUUCCACCUUGUCCGAUUGCUGCUGUUGUCCGUGGGGCAGUAUUUUAUGGGCUCAACAUGAACAUAGUACAAAGCCGUAGGUUAAUAUAUACAUACGGAAUCGAAAUCCUCAACGAAUUCAAACCCGGAUUCGACAAAAAGAAACGAAUAACCAAGGAAGGACUCGUUUACCGAUUCAAUCCAUUAAUAAAACGCGGUACACUAGUUGAUGUCAACGCAAAAGUCACACGCGAAUUUUUCCCUGUGUUUCCUAAGCAGACCUCUGCCACAUUGAAAUUAUUCCAGACACGUAAUGACCGAGUUCGUUAUUGCAACGAGACUGGUGUUCGUUUACUGGGCACAUUGAAGAUUGAUUUACCAGAUGUUCAUCUUGGUACUAAUCGACCAAUUGAGUAUACAUUGACUUUUGGAAAAAUGGAGAUUGAGGCAACUGCAAAAAAUAAGAAAACUGGACAACUUUAUACGAGUACUUUUGAUUUGGAUAUGUAA